AUGUUGAAUCUACUACUUUCCCUCGUGAUCGAUACGCAAGUCUCAGACUCAAUGUCUGGCAAGCGGCAUCUUGUGCAAGUCACACAAAGCUCUAGCUUUCAGCAAGCCACAAGCACACCCGUCUCACACAUCCCCUGGAGCACAGCAUUAGCCGAAACCUGCUUCCGAAUUCUGCCUAUGCAACGCCCCAAAACAGGCCUGCUUCUAGUCAAUACAAGAGCUAAAGGGUCUCGGUUGCGUAGAAGAGAAGCCCACGUUUGGACAGUACAUAUUCGUCUGGCCUCGUUCUUUUCAUUCGGAAAAUAUUGCUUGAGGAACAAUCUAUCAGCAAACAUGAAAGAUGAGCAAAGACCUCUACUUCGAAGCGCAGCUGUGUCAUGUUAUGCAGCACCGCUGGCAUCCUCAUCCACGUCGGACAAUGGCGCGGAAACACGUCAAGACAAUUGUGCAGCAAGCUCUUCCAGCCAGAUGCCACGGAUUCAGUUAAUCUUGCUCUGCUUCUCUCGCAUGAUGGACCCCGUCGUCUUCUGCUCCAUCUUCCCGUACAUUGCCGCCAUGGUGCACCGCAACACGGGCCUGCCAGUGUCCGACGUCGGCUUCUACAGCGGCCUUGUCGAGUCGCUCUUCGCCAUUGUGCAGACUCUGGCGCUCGUGCUCUGGGCCCGUCUGGCCGACAGGCUCGGCCGCAAGACGGCGCUCGUAUGCAGUCUGGCGGGGACCGCAGUCGGCUCGUCGCUGUUCGGCAUGGCCACCACGCUCUGGCAAAUGUACCUGUUCCGCAGCCUCGUCGGCCUCUUUGCGGCCUCGAACCUCAUCACCCGCACCAUGAUUUCCGAGGGGUUCCCGGCCGAUACGCAGCCCACGGCGUUUGGGUGGCUCGUCUUUGCUGCCAACGCGGGCAAUUUCGUCGGGCCCAUGAUUGGCGGGAUGCUGACGGAUCCGGCGCAGCAGUAUCCGGAUCUGUUUGGCAGCAGUACGUGGCUGCGGGAGAAUCCAUAUGCUCUCGCCGGCAUCGCUGUGGGAGUCGUGAGCGCCUUUGCCGCCUUGGCAUCGCUGCUUUGGCUUCAGGAGACGCAGGAGGCAGCCGAUGGUGCACAAGGCACGCAGAUGGCACCGUCGGAGCUGAUCAAGGCACCCGGAGUUGCUAUUACUCUGGCUGUCUAUGCCCAAUCCAAAGUCCUGGCGGUGGCCGUGUCUGCUGUGUUACCGGUAUACCUGUACACGCCGGCCAGAUUGGGCGGAAUGCAGCUGUCCCCUGCUGAGAUUUCCAUGUACAUGACUGUGCAAGGUGCUAGCCAGGUAUUUUGGCUUCUUGUUGCAUUUCCAUUUCUGAACAAGCGACUGGGCACGCAAGGGCUUCUCAGCGCCAUCGCGAGCUUCUACAUGCCCGUUUUUGCCGGGUACAUUAUCAUGAAUGCAUUAUUGCGGUCGGGGGGCGGCGUGACGCGCGAAUGGCUCUGGCUUGCCGUGGCACCCGCCAUGGUUUCGCUUGGUUCCGCCGUCAUCAUGGCACAAACCAGCGUCCAGCUGGCUGUCAAUGAUGCAUCGCCAAACGCCGCCGCACUGUCGGGCAUCAACGCUCUGGCGCUCGUUGGAAAUGGCGCUGUGCGUGCUGUGACGCCGGGGGCGGCGAGUGCUGUAUUUGCAGCAGGAGUCAAGAAUAGCCUGUUAAUGGGAUACUUGGUGUGGGUAGUACUGAUUGUAUCGGCGAUUGUGUUCCGUGCAUCAGUUCACUGGCUGCCCCGUCAACAGGACAAAUCAGAGGGAGCCGACGCCGAUGACAGUCCGUAG